UGUCGCGCUGGGCGGAAAGAACGCAAUGGUUCGAUCUCGACCGUCCCCAGACCCCUUGCUUGGCCUGGGGUCGGGCGACCAAUCCUGUGCCUCGGGGACGUUGCACUCGGCGCCACAGAGCGCCUGAUGGUCCGUGCUGGCGCGUCCGUCCUUUGUCAACCCAUGUCUCCCGACGCCAUCUGAAACGGCUUCUGUUAGGGACCGAGAAUCUCCUACGACACUGGACAGCGUCUGCGCAAGCCCUCGUACAGGCUGAAGCAGGCGGUUGACUCGCUGCGGUGGAGCAGAAUCAGCUGUUUCUUGUCGCAGUCAAGCCCAUUUCUCUUGGUGCAUUGUCGCCAGGGCUGGGGGUUUGAAGCACAAUCUGGCAUUGUGGUAGGCUGAGCCCGUCUCAGUUGCGCUCCCUUUUGGGUCACCUCCUCCACUCUGCCAAGGUCCCUUCUCACCAUCUCCCUCUCUUUUUGCAACCUCUCUCCUUUCCGUUUCCCAUCUUCCGCUGGGGAAAGGGUGUCCUAUCUUAAUUUUUCGUUCUCGUUUGUUGGUUGAGGCUAGACCCUCGCAGUCUCUCAUUUUUUUCUUGUUGCUUGUGUGUUCUGUCAUUCCCUUUGGGUCCGCCUCGUGUACGUUUCGACGACAAUUGCUCGCGCCGGGAGCCGGAACUCGACAAAACCUCCAUCGCUCGAUGCCGGGACACGAAAUCAUCACCAUUCAACUUCGAUUCGAACCGUUAUUUUAAUCAACAUUUUUUUUGGGGGGGGUGCUGGGAUUUGCAGGUCGAUCUCGCCCGUGUACGCUCAUUGCAAAUAUUUGAAAACCACGUACAUACAUAUCACAAAGGACGAGACAAAUUGGAAAGGGACGCCGGCCGUCAGUUACAUACCGAAAAUUGAAAGGAGAGACCUUGGAGGAACCGAAAACCGAGCUAGUUUCCCCGAAAAAUAGGUUGCUCGCGAGCAGCCAACACACAACAACAAGAUGGUGAACAAAGUACAAGCAGCCUACGUGAUGGCAGACGGCCUCUUUCUUCUGAUGGGCAUCUUCAUCAUCGGCUUCUCAGUAAUCGUCGGGAACAUCAGGGAUGAGAUUCCAGAAAACGGGAGGCAGGCGGCCAGAAAUCUUCUGUAUCAGAGGUUUCCCCUCACAGCGGGUAUCGUGAAUGCGGUCUUCAUUUUCCUCACAUUUAUGGUCACCCUACCGGGGCUGGCGACGCAGUCUCGCGGGUGGCUCAAGCUGGGCGCUUACAUGACGACGUUUUGCGGGCUCUUCAGCAUGAUUCUUGGGUUGUUCCUGUGGAUCUUGACGCUUAAGACAAGAGAGGAUUUUGCGCCGCUUUAUUGGGCGCAACCGGCGAAUGUCCAGCAGCUUAUGCAGGCGGAGUUCAACUGCUGCGGUUACUUCAACAGCACCUCCCCCGCGUUCGUCACUGAUGCGACCUGUUCCAGCCCAGCGGCCGCGGCUCUCGUGCGCGGCUGUGCCACACCCAUCACCUCGUUCGCCAACAUCUUCCUCGACAAUAUCUUCACCGCCAUGUUCGGCAUGGUCGGUAUCGACUUUGUGUUUGUCAUGGCGACCGCUUGCCUGCUCAAGGACCGCAAGGAGAGGGAGAGGUUCAGGCAUAUCGAUGAGAAGAGCGGGUAUGGGAGGAUUUGAAGCUAUUUUUUCUUUCGGCAAUGGGGUGCUGAGCCGCCUGGGCCGCCACGACUCGCCAGGAUUGAGACGAUGACGAUCGAACAUGGGAUGGAAAAGGGUCCGCUUCUGGAUUUGCGGCUGGUGAAAAGAAGAGAGGGAGGAGGGCGUGUGGCGAGCAGCGGCUUGUUGCACACAUCACACCAUUCAUUCUUUGGCAGCAUCAUUGUUGGGCUGCAAAGUCUUACUUUUUUUUUUCUAGCUUUAUGUUACAUACCAUAUACCUUUUUAUCUCUUUCUCAUUUUUUCAGUUGUGAAAUUUCGGUUCAUGAUCCCCCCCUGUAUCGUUUGUAGAUGCUGUCUGGAUGGUGGAUGGUGCGUAUAGCUGGCUGUCUGCAGUUGUAUAUAAUUAUGUGUUUGGGCAAAUUACAUCUUGAUGU